AAAUUUUGAGGAGCAUCUUUUCCAUUCAUUACAUUGAACUCCAUUAAACAUGGGAGAGAAUGACUCUGAUAACAGUGUUCUGUACUUUGUGCCUGAAGAAGAUGAAGAUGAGCUGACAACUGAAGAAGCUGUGAUGGUUGGCUGUUUGGGUAGAAAUGGUCUUGUACCUUCUGCUGGUACGGUUUAUGACAGGACAACUGUUUUAAUUGAGCAAGAUCCUGUAACAUUAGAUGAUGAAGAUGAUGAUGAUGAUGAAGGACCAUGUGGAGGUGAUAAUCUACCCUUUUUAACAGAUGGAUGUGACGACGGGUUUCCUUUAAUGAGUCAUGAAGGAAUGUCCCAGGGUUAUGUGCAGCACACCAUCUCUCCAGAUCAGAUUCACCUAACUAUACAUCCAGGUUCAACACCCAUGCCAAGAAACAUAGAGGGAGCAACACUGACACUGCAUUCAGAGUGCCCUGAAACUAAGGUGAAGGAGGUAAAACGAUAUCAGUGCACAUUUGAAGGAUGCCCUCGUACUUAUAGCACAGCUGGUAAUCUACGCACUCAUCAAAAGACGCACCGUGGCGAGUAUACAUUUGUCUGCAACCAAGAGGGAUGCGGAAAAGCAUUUCUUACUUCUUAUAGUCUCAAAAUACAUGUCCGUGUUCACACAAAGGAGAAGCCUUUUGAGUGUGAUGUAACAGGCUGUGAAAAAGCAUUUAAUACACUGUAUAGGUUAAAAGCACAUCAGAGACUGCACACCGGGAAGACCUUCAACUGUGAUUCUGAAGGAUGCAGUAAGUACUUCACCACUCUCAGUGACCUAAGGAAGCACAUCCGAACUCACACAGGAGAAAAGCCAUUCAGGUGUGACCAUGAUGGCUGUGGGAAGGCCUUUGCUGCUAGUCAUCAUCUCAAAACCCAUGUUAGGACACACACAGGAGAGAAGCCUUUCUUUUGUCCUAGUAAUGGCUGCGAAAAAACUUUCAGUACCCAGUACAGUCUGAAGAGUCACAUGAAGGGCCACGAUAAAGACCCAUCAUAUAGCUUACUGCUAAACAAUGCAGUCUACGAGGAUACAAACCACUCGUUAUGUUUAAGUGAUCUGAGUUUAAUUUCUACUGACUCUGAGCUUAGAGAAAACUGCACGUCUCAUGAACAGGAACUGAGCACAAUCUCACCAGUCACCAUAUUUGAGUCCAUGUUUCAAAGUCCAGAUGCUGCAGGUCAAGAUCAGGAAGCAGGUAUGACACAAAUACAAGAUAUUAUGGAAAACUUCAGCAAUGAUCAGCAGCCCGCAACUGUUGCACAGUGUCUUAGAGAUCCAAGUUCAUUAUUGUCUGCCCCUAUUCUACAGUCCAAUGUCCCAGAUCCUUCUCAGCAAGUUUCUUCUCUUUCUGCAUCUUCCUCACCUCCACCUGCUGCUGCUGUUUCAUCUGGUGAAGAAAGGUCGCACCUUACAGUGUUUAAAACCUCCCCUGGCAUUUUGCAAACUCCAGAAGUGCCUAUUCCUUCAUCCCAAUUUGUAGCCACUCAGACAGAAUUUAUUCAGCACACCCAGUCACAGCAACCUGUCAUACAAGGACUUUCAGUAGCAGCUGGGACGAACAUUUCUGCAGUCCCCGCAAGUACUGAAUCUCUACCAACAAUGGUGCAGACUGUGCCUUUAGCUGCUAACUCUGUUUUGACAAGUAACCCUGGAAUUACAAUUAUACCAACUCCAAAUACUGCAAUCCUUCAACCUAACCUGGUAGUGGCAGAGCAAAACCUGCAAUGGCUUCUGAAUGGUGGUAGCACUUCUCAGCAAACUCAAGACCAAACGCAACAAAAUUCUAAAGUAGAAAGUGUGUUUUUCACAACAGCAAUACCUGUGACUGACAGUGCAGGAAAUUCAGUGCAACAAAUUGGCCUAAGUGUUCCAGUCAUUAUAAUAAAACAGGAAGAGUCUUGCCAGUGCCAUUGUGCUUGCCGUGACUCCAGUGCAAAAGAAAGUGUUGAAAAAGAAAGGACAUCUUUUGCUGGUAACAGUUCGUGAUGAUGCCUUUUCACUGUUGGAUGUUUCACUGCAGUUGUGGGCAUACACCUCUUCCUGAAAGGAACCAGUGCAGUAAUGAAUGCUGCAAGAUCUUUGGACAGCUAACACAAUGUGGAUGUGUCUUGCUUCCAGUACGUUAAAAUGCCAAUGAGCCCCUCAUACUUUAAUACCAUAGGAGAAUGUUUUGAUCCUGAGAGAUGUGAAGAUUAACAACAGUUGAAGUCCAUCUGUUACAUUUAAGUAGCCAAUAUUUUUCCCACUCAGUUUUAUGUGGUGAAUAUUGGAAAAUGUAUUAACUUUUUGAAGCUGACGUUUUCACUUUCCUAAAUUAAUUAGGAUGCUUUUCAGAAGACCCUAACCUGACAAAUCAGAUGAUUUUUUUGUAACUUAAACAUUUUUUACUUACCAAUGAGGAAAUAACUAACUAUAUUCCAAUAGUUUUUCUACAUUAAGUAGUAUUUGCAGAGUUUCAUAAAGGAAGGAAUCCCUGCUUAUGGUGGUUAGUUGCACCCACUCAAUUUUACUACAUUCACAUGUGUAUGAGAAGUGAAGUCUAGCCCUUUUCCUGAUCUGCAGGGUUGCUGAUUUUAUAUUUAUCACUUAGCUUCAGUGCGUUUUCAGAUGAAGUGUACUGAAAACAGCACAGCGUAUACCUUCUAUUUAAACUGGGUGAUGCAAAAGAUGGUAGUUAGAAAUUAAGUUGCUGAAACAUCAGCAUGGCAGUAGAGUUGUAAGUUGCUCUGCUGGUUUGAAAAACUGAUAACAGAUAGGCUGUGUAUGGCUGGUGAGUCUGCCUUGAAUGUUUCUUACCCCUUUGUGUUUGGGAGAGUGCGUUUGUGUGUGUCUACAAGUUUGUGUGUAUGUGUGCGCAUGCAUGCAUAUACAAAUGCAUAUAUAUGUAGUGUCCCCCCUAGAGGGAUCUGUCUUUGCUCUGCACUACAGUUGGUCCACGUUCUCUUGUCCUCGCACAGUAUUUCUGUGCAGAUGAAUCAUGCACAUGUUAUUAAAACAUGGAAAAUACUGUCCGUAUUAUCAUGUAAUGACCGCUAAAUUAACUGGGGUAGUCACUGAAAUCUGGAUUUAAGUGAAGCAGUGACUAAAUUAACUUUGAGAUUCACUGAGGUGUUCGCUCAUACUUUUUUUUGGUUUACCUUGAUGGUAAUAGGAAUGCAGUGGAGUUAAGUAAAGAAGACCCUGGUCAAAAGAAAAGAAAAAAAGAUAACUAUACUACGUACAUCUUACUGGGUUUAUUUAACAGCUUUGAUAUGAUGUAGGUGAUGAAAUAGGGAUGUUAGAACUAUUGAGCGGUGCCGUUCAUAUUGAUAUACAGAUGCCUCUUUUUGAUGAGCCUUUCUUUGGCCUUUGACAAACGUAGACUGGCAGUUCUAAUAAUUGAACUUUUCAGUUACCUACCUAUCUAUCCAUGUGUGUAUUGUAGUGGCACUGAUUUUAAAGCUGUUGUCACCCUGAAGCAGUAACUGACUUGCAUAAGACAUAUGUCAUGUCUUCUCACCAUACCCAGUUUUGUAUGUUGAUUCCACAUCCCUGAAAGUGAAAUCAUUUACUGUAGACUAUAACUGACAUAUUUUUAAUUGUCACACAUUGCUAGAUGUUCUUCAGAAGCCAGCAUUUUCAGGUUUUAAGUGACAAUAAGAAGCCUUGGCACUUUAUGACUCUGGGACCAGCAAGAGAAGGGGGAACCCUCAAUGUAGAAAGAAAAGAAUGUAAAUUAAUUUUAAAGAAAAUUACAAAUUUUUAUUUUAUGUAUUUACUUAAGAUGUUAAAUGAACAAUAUUUGCACUAAUGUACAAGGGUAAAAUUACCCAACACAUAAAACAUUUUUUUCCUUUUGAAAGGGUGGGAAGUUCAAACUGUUUAAAAACUCUGAAAGCCACAAUGUUUGAAAAUCGCAUCUGUUUUUCACCAUGAUCAAAAUAAAUGAAAGUCGUCUUACCAGAAUGAAAACAA